CCCAGAAACCGGAAGCGGAAGUGCGCGUCCUCGAGCGGUAGCCAAGUUUGGUAGUUCUUCAGCUCCGGUGUGAGGUAUAGUUGUGUAUGUUGGCGUCAUUCCUGCUCCCGUGCUGUUGUCCCGGGGUCUGAGGGCGCUGCUCCCGGUCUUCUGCGUAGUGCUGGCCUCUCCUCCCCUCCUGGGCUGCUCCCGAGCCGCGCGAAUGCCUGUAGCCGCGCUGUGGCUCGGCCUCCAGCCGCCUACGUCGCUUUCGUGCCUCUGCCUCCUCCGGAACCUCGCCCCACCAGUGGGGGAGGCCGAAUAGGUGCGCUGGACCUUUGUCUCACGCCGCAUUAACAGGUCCCAGGUGAGGCGCAGAGAACUGGUCCAGUCUAAGCAGCUGAGGAACCUGUCUUGCACAUCUGUGAAUCACAAGUAAGGAUUUCAGCUGUUGACUGGCUGUGUGGACCAAACAGUAUUCAUUUGCCGCCAGUCUGCCUAGCGGCCCUGCUUCCGUUCCCAUCCCUCUUACCUAACUGGCUUCUUGGUCUCAGAGAGGACAUUCACUUAGAUUUCCAGAAGCUGUAAACCAAGAAAUGUCGUGCCACAUCAGCAAAUGAAGGUCCCGGAAGCUUUACUCCAUCCACGUCAUUAAGGUCGACUCUACUUUGAGGAGGCAGCUCUUCCCCAGUCAUGUUUUGAGUGUCUUCGAACCUGGGGGGCUCAUCUUCCAGCACUAUAUCAGACAGUGAUCCGCUGCUAUUCAUAAGGUUGCUGUGACACUUCCUGAUGGCCUGGGUUCUUCAAGAAAAUACAGGACUCAGUGGUCUUUGAGGAUGUUGCCGUUGACUUUACCCAAGAAGAGUGGGCUUUACUGGAUUUUUCUCAGAGGAAACUCUACACAGAUGUGAUGAUAGAAACCUUCAGGAACCUGGACUUGGUUUCUCAACAGGAUAAUAAUGAACAAACAUUGUCUAGUAAACAUAUAAUAGUGCAAUUCAUGAAGAAUGAUUCCUGGACCUUUGUGUUAGGAGAAAUCUGUGAAUUCCAUGAUACUGAAGAUCAGCACAAUAACCAGAGGAGGUACGUGAGAAGGUAUAUGGUAGAGCAUCUCCAUGAAGGUAAAGAAGUUAAAGUAAAGAAAAAGAAUGGAGGUAAUAAGUGUGGGAAAACUUUCAGCUGGAUUGGAGAUCAUACUGGGCUCAAAAGAACAUUUGCUACAGCAAAUCCUUCUGAAUGCCAUGAGUGUGAGAAAGCUUUCAUGAAUCAUUCGUCAUUUAAGCAUCACAUCGGAUCUCACACUGGAUACAAACUUUGUCAUUGUAAGGAAUGUGGAGAAGACUUCAGUUGUCGUUCUUACAUAAAACCUUGUGUGAGAACUAAUACUGCAAACAAACUCUAUACAUGUAAGCAUCAUGGGAAACCCUGUAGUUCUUCCUCUCCCCUCACUAAACUUGUAAGAACUCAUAGUACAGAGAGGCCUUAUGACUGUAAGGAACAUGGGAAGGCCUUUAGUGAGCCUUCACACCUCAUUUUACGUGCAAGAAGGCACAGUAGAGGGAGGCCUUAUGACUGUAAGGAAUGUCAGAAAGCCUUUCAUUGUUUCUUAGAUCUCACCAAACAUAUAGGAACUCACAGUGGAGUGAGGCCUUAUGAAUGUAAGGAAUGUGGGAAAGCCUUUAGCUUUCCCUCAAUCCUCACUACACAUAUAAAAACUCAUAGUAGAGAGAGACCUUAUAAAUGUAGGGAAUGUGGGAAAACCUUUAGUCAUUCCUCAUCCCUCACUGUAUAUACAAGAAAUCACAGUGGAGAGAGGCCUUAUGAAUGUAAGGAAUGUGGGAAAGCCUUUAGUCAGUCUUCACACCUCACUGACCGUGUAAGACCUCACAGUGGAGAGAAACCUUAUGAAUGUAAGGAAUGUGGUAAAACCUUUUGUUAUUUUACAAGCCUCUCUAGACAUAAAAAAACUCACAGUGGAGUGAGGCCUUAUGAAUGUAAGGAAUGUGGAAAAACCUUUAGCUAUGCCUCAACUCUCACUACACAUACAAAAAUUCAUAGUAGAGAGAGACCUUAUGAAUGUAAGGAAUGUGGGAAAGCCUUUAGUCGUUCCUCGUUCCUAAGUGUACAUACAAGAAAACACAGUGGACAGAAGCCUUAUGAGUGUAAGGUAUGUGGGAAAGCCUUUAGGCAGUCUUCACACCUCAGUGACCAUGUAAGAUCUCACAGUGGAGAGAAACCUUAUGAAUGUAAGGAAUGUGGUAAAACCUUUGGUUAUUUCACAAGCCUCUCAAGACAUAAAAAAAUUCACAGUGGAGACAGGCCUUAUGAAUGUAAGGAAUGUGGAAAAGCCUUUAGCUAUCCCUCAACUCUCACUACACAUAUAAAAACUCAUAAUAGAGAGAGACCUUAUGAAUGUAAGGAAUGUGGGAAAGCCUUUCGUUGUUCCUCAUCUCUCACUCUACAUACAAGAAUUCACAGUGGAGUGAGGCCUUACAAAUGUAAGGAAUGUGGGAAAGCCUUUUGUUCUUUCUCAGAUCUCACUAGACAUACAAAAACUCACAGUGGAGAGAGGCCUUUUGAAUGUAAGGAAUGUGGGAAAGCCUUUUUUUCUUUCUCAUGUCUCACUAGACAUAUAAGAACUCACAGUGGAGAGAGGCCUUAUGAAUGUAAGGAAUGUGGGAAAGCCUUUAGUCAGUCCUCACACCUCACUGACCAUGUAAGAUCUCACAGUGGAGAGAAACCUUAUGAAUGUAAGGAAUGUGAUAAAACCUUUCGUUAUUUCACAAGCCUCUCUAGACAUAAAAAAUCUCACAGUGGAGAGAAACCUUAUGAAUGUAAGGAAUGUGGAAAAGCCUUUAGCUAUCCCUCAAUCCUCACUACACAUAUAAAAACUCAUAGUAGAGAGAGACCUUAUGAAUGUAAGGAAUGUGGGAAAGCCUUCAGUAGUUCCUCAUCCCUCACUGUGCAUAUGAGAACUCACAGUGGAGAGAGGCCAUUUGAAUGUAAGGAAUGUGGGAAAGUCUUUAGUCAGUCCUCACACCUCAUUGACCAUGUAAGAUCUCACAGUGGAGAGAAACCUUAUGAAUGUAAGGAAUGUGGUAAAACCUUUUGUUAUUUCACAAGCCUCUCUAGACAUAAAAAAAUUCACAGUGGAGAGAGGCCCUAUGAAUGUAAGGAAUGUGGAAAAGCCUUUAGCUAUCCCUCAAACCUCACUGCGCAUAUAAAGACUCACAAUAGAGAGAGACCUUAUGAGUGUAAGGAAUGUGGAAAAGCCUUUUGUUCUUUCUCAGAUCUCACUAGACAUGUAAGAACUCACAGCAGAGAGAGACCUUAUGAGUGUAAGGAAUAUGGGGAAGCAUUUUGUUCUUAGAUCUCACUAGACACAAAAAACUCACAGCAGAGAGGCCUUUUGAAUGUAAGGAAUGUGGGAAGGCCUUUAGUCAAUCCUCAUACCUCACUGAGCAUGUAAGAUCUCAUAGUGGAGAGAAACCUUAUUAAUGUAAGGAAUGUGGCAACGCUUUUAGUAGUUCCUCAACCCUUCAUAAACAUAGAACAACACACAGCGGAGAGAGGCCUUAUGUACAUAAGGAGUGAUAGAGACUCCGCAGUUCUUAGCCUGCUGAUGACAUGUGAGGAGGUACACUGGACAGAAGCAAUAUAGGUGUUCAUUCCUAGUCUCUUCAAAAACCUGAAAGGACACAUGAGAGAGAAACCCAUUAAUGAAAGGAAUGUGAUAUGGGAAGGUUUUUGCUUUUGUCCCAUACUUUGCAAAAUAUGAAGGUUCACACAUAUGGGAAAUCCCUCACCAAUUAUUCCUACUGAAUACAUGAGAAGUCACAUUUGAGGUUAAUCAUUUAUAUGUAAGGAACGUGGAAACAGCUACAGGUCUUUUGGAAUUCUUAGACAACAUUUAAUAUAUUAUACUGUGGAUCAAUCCUAUGAAUGUAAAAGACAAGGGAAGCAUUCAUUGCCUGUUCUCCCUUAGGACCCCUGUGAGACCUCACACACAUUGUCAGUGUAUAACAGGAAGGGAGUUUUCAAUAAAUGCCUGGGUAAAUGCCACAAUAUUGGUACUGAUAGUAAAUGACAUUUUUAAGAAAAAUUUAGUCCAAAGAGGAGAGGCAAUCAUAGUUUACUGUUGUUUGAAUGCCAGUGUAUAAAAUAGUGUGUAAAUGAUGAUGGCAGUUUUAUAAAGCAUUUAUAUAUACAAACCAUCCCAUAGGUGAGACUGAAUGAUUUCAUGAGUCAUUUUGCUUUUCCUUAAUUUGCAAUUUUUUUCAGUCAUUUUUUAAUACCUGUUUAAUUUUUCAAAAAUAAGAAUUCAAUUUUAGAAUGUAUACUAUUACAAGUUUUGACAAAUCAAUAUAUGUAACUAGUACCACAAGGAAACUGCAGAGCAGCUCUCUUCCCUCGCUCCAAAAAAUUUCCUAAUGCUGGCUGUUUUAAGUCAAACCUUCCCUUUACCAGGAGUCUCUGUCAGCUGUCCCUAUACAUGUCAUUCAGUUUGUGGCUUUUAGAUUCUGGCUUGUUUCAUUUAGCGUCAUGAAUUUCAGAUUUAUCCGUGUUGAUGAAUGUAUUGAUACUUCGUUCCUUUUUAUUGCUGUGUAAUAUUCUGUUAUAUACGGAUAUCUUAUUUUGUGUAUUCUCCAGUGGAAGGACAUUUUAGCUAUUUCCUGUUUUUAUGAAUAAAACAGCUAUAAACAUUCAAGCAUGGAUUAUUAUGUGAAUAUACAUUUUCAUUUUUCUCAAAUAGAUCUGUAUGAGUGGGAUAGUUGUGUCAUAUGGUAUAUGUGUGUUUACCUUUAUUAGGAAGUACCAGUCUGGUUUUUAAAGGUGCUGUGCCAUUUUAUAUCCUACCAGUGAUGUAUAACUCCAGUGGCUGCUGAGAUCUAGAGAGGUUGCUUUUGGAGGAAUUUAGCACACUUCUCUUCGCUGCUGACUUCAGGGGAGGAAGUUUGGAUGGGCAGUUCCACAUAUGCUGAAGGGGGCGGUGUGGAAUGUGGCAUGUGGAUUAGAACACAGGUUCAGGCGUAUAGGGUUCCUGGCUAUGCCACCAUUGCUCAAACAGAGCUGGAGAAAGGUUGGAGUGACCAAAUGCUGUGCCUUGCAGGAACCUAGCACUGAAGAAGUUACACAGAGCAAAAUAUGGACCAAAGUGCCCCCUCAAGAACCUUGGAAGUGAUCACACUGGAAAAAGAAAGGGAAGCCCUUCUUCCUCUAGUGUCCUCCAUUCUUCCUCAUACACUUCUCAGUGCCAAAGGAGAAAUAUAAGGCCUGCUCUAUUAUCACAGAACAGGCAAAAAAUAAAUAAAUAAAAAGGAGGGGGGAGAUCUGCAGCAGAAGCAAUAAGUUGAUAACCAGGACAGUGGUCAAAACAUGGCUUUGCAUUAUUUUGGUUUUCUGUGAAUGACAAGCCAGCUCCUAGCAACACCACGGCUUAGUUGUGGUUCUCAACCUACUCCCCCUCACCAUCUUCUCUGACACCAACUGACUAACCAUCUGAAGCAAGGGUUAAUCUCACAAAUUAAAGCGCACAAUCCUCUAGAUAUUUAUGUCUGCCUACCACUUAAGACACUAAUGAGAUGUUUGGGGGCUCUCAGGGCCAC